UGGACACAUGUCGGUGCAAGUUCCGACGAUGUGCGGUAGUGGGUCAUCAUCUCCGACAGCCGUCGCUUCGUUCAGUGCACGAAAAAACGCAGCAGGCCGAACUGCUGUAUUGACGUUUUUCUGAUCGAACGAUUCAGUUACGCUAUUUACAGAGUCUUCAGUAUCUCCUCCCACCGAGGCACUUCUGGUCAGUGAAUCCUCGAGUCCUGGACCUUUCCUCCAUCGUCCAUUCUCUUCUCGCGGGCCAAAAUAGUCGCCAGGGUCGCCGGACUUCCUCCCGCGAGGAGAAUUGACAGAAGGCUUGAGGUUGGACGGCUCGUUCCGACCCUUGUUCCGCAGAGCCAGCGGCACGUACUUAUCGCCUCGACUGGCAGAUCUCGAUUCUCCAGUCCUCUGCGCAUUGGCUCCUGCUCGGGGCUGGGCGGCAUCGGCAGCAUCCUCGCGAACGCUGUUCCACGGUUUGAACUCUCCCUUGGCGGAGCCCGGAGAACUAAUCGAGCCACCACCAGAUGACGAACCUGUUGGACCAGAACCCGAUUUACUGCGUGGAGCAGAUCCUGAUUCCCGAAGGGCUGCCGGCGAUGUUGAAGGUGUUUGCCAAGGAGGCCAUUCGUGCCAACCCCAAGGAAUUGGAGAAUUUCGCUUGGAGAUAUUUCGAAAAGCUCGCAGCUACCGUCAAACUGGACGACAGUGCUCCGCCCCCGACUAUUCCCCAAAUCGUUCUCGUCUUUGAGAAGACCAGAGAUGUUGAGUUCACGAAUCAAGAGCCUAUGAGGAAGAUCAUGACUUCAUGUGGCAUUGCCAAUAAUGCGUGUGACAACAUAUUCAAGCUAGCGGACUUCCCCUCCGAUCUUAUUGACCCUAAAGAAGUCAUCGUUCUGCUCAUCACAUCUACAUGCAAGAGCUUCGUUGCAAUUAUGAAAGGUAUAUUUAAGGUGUUUGGCGUCCACAGUAACGAGAAAGUACCAACGCAACUAUUUUUCAUGUUAAUCAACUUCAUCGCCCGAAGAAACAAAAAGAUACAUGCUACAACGAUUUCCGCUCUUCAUCAAGAUCUAAAAUCCAAGCAAGUGAAAGAAGUAAAAUUCGAUGAUAUCAAUAACAAUCCGAUCAUGAAGGAUCUUAUGAGAAUUGUUUGAUAACGCUAGUACCCAUCGGUACAAGAGUAUAUUGGUUGAGUACUUUGUUUGAUUUCUCUGAAACCAUGAAAAUAAUAGCUUGAUGUCAUUGAUAGACUCUCAACAUGCAACUUUCACAUUUGGUUAUCACAACCUCACAAAUCAACGCUGAUUAUGAACCUUGAUUAUCAAUGAUAGGGACAUGUUACAAUUUUGAAAUACAUAAUUGAUCACAUUUAUUGCGCUAUUCACA